AGGUCAACUCAAAAUGAUCCCUUGCAAACAAUUAUUAGGCCCUUGAUUUGGAAUUAUAAAAAUAAACAUGAAACAGACCUAACCUAAGAGAAUCUCAGAAGAUCGGUGCUAAUGACCUCGAAGUGCUACGUGGAUGUUUCACCUGCCUUAAUGACAUAUUUUCCAAAAAUGUGUGUGCCUUUGCUGCUUCUUUGAAAUAAAUGGAAAAUUUACGCAACAGGAAACAUAAAGAUAAGUUGAUUGAUCAAUACAGCGACAAUGAGAAAAAAAGCGCACAAAAAGAGGAAAUUCAAGUCGAAAAAUGUAAGAAACGAAACGGCAACACUCCUUCCUACUUAAACAAUGACGAAAAAGAGGUCUCAUACUCGGUUAAAAGGGCGAAGUUCCUGCGAAUCAACUUCGAAAUUGAUUUAAUCUCAGUGGGGUUAUUUUUGUGUGGUUUACUGACUCGAAUGUACAGGCUGGAAGAACCGAAAAAUAUUGUAUUUGAUGAGUUACAUUAUGGAAAGUACGUCUCUCUCUACAUGAAAAACACGUUUUUCUUUGAUUCUCACCCCCCACUGGGCAAGCAGUUGAUCGCAGCGGUGGCCUACUUGGCCGGUUUCGACGGAAAAUUCAAAUUCGAUAAAAUCGGGAGCCCAUACCCCGACACAAUUCCGUUAUUUGCGCUACGUUUCGUCCCUGCGUUUUUCGGCAGUUUGAUAAUACCCACCUCUUAUCACUUGAUGCUUGAGCUGGGGUUGACGCAAUGGACUUCGUUGCUGGCGGCAGUAUUACUUUUACUAGAUAACGCUUUGUUGACCCAAAGCCGUUUCAUUUUGAUGGAGUCAAUGCUACUCUUUUUCGCCUUAUUUGGCAUUUUUUGCAUUUUGAAAUUUCGCCAAUACUACUCCAACCCCUAUUGCAUUUUUUGGUUUUUGUGGCUGGGGUUGGGGUUUACUUCACUGACGUGCGCUUUGUCCGUGAAGUACGUCGGGUUUUACUCGUUUUGUUUGGGGGUUGCCAUCCUCGGACGCGACUUUUGGAAAAUGUUGUCUUCCUCCACCCUCACAGAUAGGGCCCUUUUGGUGCGGUUUGUGGCCCAAACGGCCGUUGCCGCUUCAGUUUCAUUUUUAAUCUACUUGGCUGUUUUUUACAUUCAUUUGAAAGUAUUGUACAAAGCGGGACCACAUGAUAGUAUUAUGACCAGUGCGUUUCAAGCCUCCUUGGAGGGUGGCUUGGCUUCCAUCACCAAGGGACAGCCCCUCUUGGUGGCACAUGGGUCGCAGAUUACUCUAAGGCACACUCAUGGGAGGACGUGCUGGUUACAUUCCCACAAUCACGUUUAUCCAAUCAGAUAUCCCGACAAAAGAGGUUCUAGUCAUCAACAGCAAGUCACUUGUUAUUCAUUCAAGGAUGUUAAUAACUGGUGGAUUGUGAAGAGGCCAAAUAAAAACGAUCUUGUGGUUGAACAACCCAUAGAUGCAAUCAAACAUGGAGAUGUUAUCCAGCUAGUACAUGGUAUAACAAGCCGUGCCUUAAACUCCCACGACGUGGCAGCGCCCGUGUCCCCCCAAUGCCAGGAAGUGUCCUGUUACAUCGACUACAACGUCUCAAUGCCCGCGCAAAACCUCUGGAGGGUGGAAAUUUUAAACCGGGAUCAAAACGGGGACAGCUGGCACACAAUACAAUCACUGAUAAGACUGAUACACGUUGAUACGAACACAGCUCUUAAAUUCACCGGACGACAACUCCCAGAUUGGGGCUUCCAUCAGCAUGAAGUUGCCGCUGACCGGAUUAUCAAUCAAGACGACACGGUGUGGAACGUCGAGGAGCACCGAUACACUAAAUCCGACGAUCAAAAAGAACGCGAACGCGAACUCGUUACCGCCGAAAUGAUCCCAACAGCUGCAACUUCGCUAACAUUCUGGGAAAAAUUCUUCGAAUUGCAUUACAAAAUGCUGUUUUCAGGCACCGAAAGUGUGCAAAAUCAUAUGUAUAGUUCGGAGCCUCUGGAAUGGCCGUUGAUGGCCAGGGGGAUCGCCUAUUGGGUCUCAUCGACGAGCAACGCGCAAAUACAUCUAAUUGGAAAUCUCUUGCUCUGGUAUUCCGGAAGUGCCGGCCUUGCCACCUACUCAACUCUACUUGUCUUCUAUCUUCUUCGUCGACGGAGACAGUGUUACGACCUUGAUACGAAAAAAUGGGAACAAUUUCAGUUGAUUGGAGAGUUAUUUUUUACAGGCUAUUUGUUCCAUUAUCUACCGUAUUUUUUCGUGGAGCGGACGCUCUUUCUACACCACUAUUUGCCCGCAUUUACGUUCAAAACGCUGCUAUUAGCGGCCCUGCUUGAACACGUUUAUUCAACAAUUAGUGAUAUUUUUAAAAUUAGGGUCAUAAAGUAUAUUUUUAUAUUACUCAUAUUUUUAUGGAUUUGUUGCAUAUUUUACGUUUUUAUGAAAUUUAUAGUAUUGUGUUAUGGUACAACCCCGUUAACUACAAAUGACAUUAUUGAUCUGAGAUGGAAAGACACUUGGGACUUCAUAGUUCAUAAAAAUUAGCAAUUGUUCCAUGACAGCAAAUUUGAUACUCAUAUUGAUAUUGAACAAAUUAAUCAUUUUUAUAUAUUUUAUUAUGAACUGAAUAAAUGUAUUUAUGUGAAAAACA